AACUCGAACUCACUUUUUAAAGACAUACUCGAGCCGAACCGAACCCGAACCAAUUUUUUAAAACUUUAGUCGAACCGAACCGAACUCGAAUCCAUAAAAGUCGGUUCGAUUCGGGCUCUGUUACCUAAUGAAAUAUUACUUAUUAUUAUGAAAAAGCUCGACAAUGUGGAUGCUCUUUAUUCAUUGUUAGAUGUUAAUAACCAACAGCUUGAUAUUAUAGCACAAGAUAAUACUUUCACUAAUACUCUCAAUUUUGUAUCAACAACACUAACUAAUGAGAUAUUCUCACUUAAUGAUACAGUAAUUGAUCGAUUUUGCAUAAAUAUUUUGCCAAGAAUUCAUCACAAUGUUAAAUCUCUUAUUCUUGACUCACUGUCUAUGGAACGUAUCCUUCGUGUUGCCGAUUAUCCUAAUUUAACUAAACUUAAACUCUUUAAUUUUAGCCUUAACAUUACACGUUAUUAUUUUACAGAUAGAUCACUAAUUGGGAAGAUGCUUCAACGCCAAAUUACAGAUCUUAUUCUUGUAUUCGGAACCGAGUGUAAAGCAAUAUCAAUAAAACUUUAUAGAAUGGAUGUGUAUGGAUAUCUUUUGACAUUCUUCGACAAUCUAAAACAUUUUUCUAAUAUUGGAUCAUAUUCGUACGAUUUUCCACCUUUGCAGCUUUCCAAAUCACCUUUCAGUCCUUUCUUCUCUUCAACUCUUCAAAAAUUAUGUAUUCGUGUAAUGACAUAUGAUGAUUGUCUUGUUUUACUUGAUGGUCGUCUUAAACAAUUAACGACUUUGAUUGUGGAUAUCAUUAAUAUGACAUCUUGUUCAUCAAAUAUUUAUAAUAUGGUAAGUUUGCAUUUUAUUAAUUGA